AUGCCUGUCCCCCACUACGGUGUCUGGGCUUGUCGCCCGUUUGACUACUACGCCGAGGGCCGUGGCCAGCCCACGCCACACAUCUACCUCUACUUCAGAGACGACUCCUCUGGCAAGCGGACUGCUGCCAUUAAUGUCAAAUCCAGCGGCAAAGAAUCUCGUCUGGUAUACUGGGUUGAUAAAGACUUCACCCAUCCGAUGACCGACAAACUCGACGCCCUGGAGCUGGGAUUCCACCUGAUCCAGGAUCCCAACAAUAACCAUAACAAUGGCACUCAGCAUCGCCACCAUAACCACCGCCACUUUCGCUAUAGUCACUAUACUCCACAGCACACCGAUCUAGAGGGACUUGACUUCUACCGCACAAAAGGCCUCGUGAACAUUCUUGCCGGCGAGAUCCUGAAGCACGACAUCGACGGACCUGACAAUGACAUUCUGGAUAAGCUGGAGCCAAUCAUCCAGGCGGCUAUUAAUGAUGAAACAGCCACUGCCUAUAUUUUCGGUGCUUCGUUUGGAUCUGGAAUUCAUAACAUUCAUAUGAACCAGGGCAGUCUGCCCAAAUAUGACAAUGGGAUUUACUCGGAUGGUGGUUUGUUGUUCAAAUUCUCUGAUGGGCACUGGGAGGCGGUGUUUCUGGCCUUUGCUUCGCAGAGACUUCCUACGGGUGAUGAUGGGGAGGCGGAGAGAGGUAGUGAGAGCUUGUUGCAAAUUAUUCGGGAGGCAGUCGGGUCCUGA